UUACAUUAUUUUUUCUAAUCAACUAUUUCCCGUAAUUUCAUCUUUGAUGAAUAUGAAGCUCACACUCGAGAGUGGUUUGCAAACAUGCCCGGUGUUCGGCAACCUCAUAAGGCUGGUGCUGGGCGAAUGGUGCAUGGCCUCCGACUUCUCUCCGCUGCUCUUCAUUCUCCGGCGCUCGCCUAAACUGAAGGAUCUGACCUUUAAGCUUGGAAUGGAGCAGUGUGUACUCUGCAAGGAUGCUGCUGAUCGUGAUCUGGCUCCAAGGAAGGAAUCAUCGUCGGGCGGCUGUCCAAGGAUAGAGAGGACCGUGAUAUACUGUGGCAAAGAUGAUCCGAGGGUCAGCGCGCUUGUGCAGGUGCUGCUACCGAUUGUUAUCCCAGGUGGAGAAAUCAGCAUCAAAGGUCACUAGAAGUAUCCU